CAGUAAGAAAUUUAUCCGCGACUUCCCGUCUAUGUUGCCUCCAGGUGGCCUGGCAUGGACAUGGCUGGUGCGCACAGGCCCCAUGUGACCAUCUGAUACGCCUAUCUAUAUGGCCUACAGGUCGGCACAAACUCACCAAAAAUACACCCAAUUGACUGGUUUGGCCCAGAUUUCACAACAAAACACACAGAGAAAAGCUCUGAGCAUACAAAUCCCAGAAACGGCACAUGAACGCCUCUGUUCUAGAGCCUCUCAACAGGCUACAUUUGCCGGGCGGCCUUAAAGUCCUGGCCCUCCAUAUCAACGCCGACCGGGUAUACGUUGGGCUCUCAAAUGGCGAUUUGCAGAUCAUGCGCAUAGCCACCGAAACUGAGCGGGAGGCCGUGCGAGCCGAGGCCCGGUCCGUGAAAAGUUUCCGCUCGUUCAGCGAGGUCAGACGCCUUUUCCUCGACAACGACACGUCCCAGGUGCUAGUUCAGGAAAAAUAUUUCCCAAACGUGUUCAAAAGCCAGAUCCAAAUCACCACCAUCGACUGUUUGCCCAUGUACGGCGACGGCAGCCGCGAGGUGCUUCUACUAGGCUCUGCGGAUCUCCUACAAGUGUACGAAUGGGUGGGCCCACACCUCGAUUUGGUCCAGACGUUCGCAGAUAUCCGGCCAUACUCCGGGCACGCUUUCACUGUGAUCCCAGGGUCCUUGCAGACAGCUGCAGUACCAGGCCACGGUCCUGCGGACGCUUCGAAAAUUCUCCUCGUAAGUUCUCGCAAGAAGCUCUUCGUGUAUAGAGCCGUCCACAAGUCGCGCAACAUCUUCGAUUUCGAGCUUGUCAGGGAGAUUCUGAUGAGGGAGCAGAUCAGAGAAGUCCGCGCCCUAGAUGGCCAUGGAAAGGCUCUCAUAGCCACGGUGCAAAACGUGUUCUGCUUGGGUCUACGGGACGACUUCCAGCUCACCGACGUCAUUGUGGACACGUCCAACACUCACAGCUUCACUCAGACAUCAUCAUUCUCCUAUUUCGGUCUUGCCAGCGCUGGGCCCCAGGUUCACAUUGUGCCCAUCAGUGCGACGCAGUCCUUAUUUGUCCGUGAUACAGAGGUGGGUGUGCUCCGGGUAGAAGCCGAUACUGCAGUGUUGAAGGAACUGAAGAUCAAGCUUGCAGCCGUCCCGAUAAACGCGGCGUUUCUCCUGCCGUGCUAUGUGGUUUUCGUAUACCCAAAGACAUAUGUCGUGGUGGACUUGGAGAGCGGCGAUUUGGUCCAAACGUUCAAACACGGGCUAGGAUAUGCGGUCAACUACUUUGCUAUCGACCCGGCCAUUGCCACGCUUGCCGCCGGCCCGGAUCUCUUCCAGUUCAAGGUGCUCUCUGUGCAAAAACAGCUAGACAACUUUCUUGCCAUGCGCGGUACAGCGGCUUCAGAAAAAAGCAAACGCGAGCUAAAACACGAUCUCAAGCUUGUGGGCCUUGAGCGGGCGCUUGUUCUUGUACGCUCGUUGGAUGACACUCACCCGUUUUUUGCCACGAAAAGUGCCGGCGAUGCACUGGGGACGAAACAAAAGCAACUUUUCUUGCGUGACUUGUACAAGGAAAAAGUCAUGGUUCUCUUCGAAGUGCAUCUGAAAUUCCACGAGGCCUUGGUAGAAAUAGCAUCCGAGUGGAUAGUCCCCUUCCAGGAGAUCCUCACAUUGUUCCCGGACUUUCUUAAUGGAAGCGUGCAGAUUAGACAAGGUAAAAUAAACCAGUCUUCAUGCCGACAGACAAGCCCAAUUAGGAAAAUAUCAGCCAGUGAGCUCAAAUCCACCAAUGAUACUGCCAGCAGAAGCACCGCAUCAUCUGACUCGGACACCAAGAGCGACGCUGGAGAACUGCCUUCUACCAAGGUUCCCCAGCAUAUUCGAAAUUUCCACAAAGCUGUGCAAAACUUAAUUUUGUUUCUCACAGAACAGCGGCGUAUUCACUUGAGCUUCCUCAAUAGUUCGGACGAGGACCCUUUCAUUCCUUGGAAAACCCUCCAGUUCCGCGUAAGUGACCUCUACCCGGGAAUCGAUAAGCAAGUUCUCGUCACAAAGUUGAGCGAGUUUGCCUCGGCCAUUGACACCUCGUUAUUUUUGUGCUACUACUUUACAAAGCCCAUGAUGUUGGGCCCCUUAUUGCGGUUGCCCCAUAAUAGAUGCAAUGCAAGAGUUGUGAACGACAGUCUCUUGGACAGCUCCUAUCUCGAGUCUCGUGACAAGCUCAGUUUCAUCGGCCAGCUUCUAGAUUUCUACUUUGGCAGGGCAUUGCAUGAUGAAGCUCUCCGGCUUCUCAGUAAUCUUUCAUCAGAGAGCGCCGCAAAUGUACACUUGACUGGUCAGGCGUUGUCUGUUCGAUACAUGCAAAGACUACCAAACGAACACCUUGACUUGAUUUUCAAAUACGCACACCAGGCUCUCACUAAGAUCUCCGCAGAAGCCCUCGAAAAUGCGAGGCUCUUGUUCAUGAACGAUUCGUUUGAGUGCGAGAGUUACAACCGGUUCCAAGUGUUGGAUUAUCUUUCUGGAGUCAUCAAAGACGACAACAUCGCGAUCACAUACCUUGAAUGGCUUCUACACCAGAGCGGGUUUUUCGAGGCCCUAGAAAGGAAGCGGGAAGUGCCCAAAUUGAGUACGCGGCUUUGUCUUCUAUACUUGAAGCAGAUGGCCUCUCUCAACUCAAAUGGAAAAGUGUUUUCUCACAGCCCGCCAUACAAGAAAAUGGCAAAAUUACUAGCGAGUGCCACUGAGUACGAGCCAUGGACAAUCUUGAAAAACAUACCACCCAGCGACGACAAGUAUCUCCGGCUCACAGUCUACAUCUACCACCGCCUAGGCGAGCACCAGAAAUCUGUGGAUAUUUUGUACAACCAACUAGCAGAUUUGGACGAGGCAAUGCGUUACUGUGCCAAAGUUCAUGACCAGCCCAAUGGGGAGGAAAAAGGCCAGAAAUUGCUCUUCAAACUCUUGGAAGAUUUGCUUAUGCAUUAUAACGAGAACCAGGAUGCGAUUGCUCGACUCCUCACUCUACAGGGCCAGAAAAUGCCUACAUUACAGCUCUUGACAGUGCUCCCCGACUCGUUCCCGUUGCAUAAAAUCCUUGUAUUUUUGCAAACCACUGUUGAAAACCUUGAGCAAAAACAGUUUAAUAGCAGGAUCAAGGGCCAAUUGUACAAGAUCAGUGCAUCCAAAGCACACUACGAUUUGGUAAUGGCCCAAUCACAUCACUACAGUAUAGCUGGUUCCGGGCAAAUCUGCCCAGCAUGCACAAAACCAUUGGGACAAAGUAUCGCGUGCGUCAACGCUGCCGACCAAAUCAUUCAUUACGGCUGUUUUGAUAAACGAAAAAUGGCCAAAUGA